AAAGUAACUUAUCGUAGCUCUAUAUAACCAGACGUGAUUUUCUCAUAGGCAUAAUAUUCAUUGUGUUUAUUCUGAAGUCAGACCGGAUUUAGAUAUGGCUGAUACCGCUGUGGAAAGUCCAGUUGUAGCGGACAACACUGAUAAUGCAAAACCUGAGGAGGUAAAAUCUCCGGCGAAGAAGACAAGUAAAGCGAAAACACCGAAAACGAAGGCGACUCCCAAGGCAAAAGCUGGGAGUCAGAACAAAAAACAGAAGAAAACAGUGUCGGACUUGCAUCCAAAAUAUAGUCAGAUGAUCAAUGAAGCUAUCGCCUCACUGAAAGAAAGAAAUGGGUCAUCAAGACAAGCAAUUCUUAAAUACAUUAUGGCGAAUUACAACGUGCUUCCGGAUGAAAAACUUGUAAACAACCAUAUUAAAAUGUCUCUCAGAGCUGGAAUUAAAAGUGGAAAACUGAAACAAAUGAAAGGAUCCGGCGCAUGUGGAUCAUACAAGCUUGGGGAAAAGGUUACUGAGAAACAGUCAAAGCCUAAAGCAGUAAAGUCGGCCUCCCCGGCCAAGAAAGCCAGUUUGACAAAAGUAAAGAAACCAAAAGCGGCGUCGAAGAAAACGAAAUCUCCGGCCAAAAAGUCGUCUGGUGGAAAAGCUAGUCCAAAAACAACACCACAAAAAGCCAAAUCUUCACCAAAAAAGACCACAAAGAAAACAAAGAGCCCCAAAAAGACAAAAGCGAAGAAAGAGAAAGCGGCGAAAUCUCCAAAGAAAUCAAAGAAAACAGCUGAACCCGAAGCAGAAGCUGUCACCGAAGCACCUGCUGCAGAGACGAGUGAAAGUGAUCAGUGAAUGGGAGGAGUAUGGGCUCAUGAACAUAAACUCUAGUCGGUACAGCACGUGAUGUAAAAUUGCUGGAAUAUUUGGCAGUAUUUACGUCUGUAAGGAGCAGACUUUAAUUUGGGAACAUUUCUGUAAAUUUCUUUCAUUAACGUACUUUCAUUAUUCAUUUCAUUCUGUUUCAUUCAACUUCGUGUUAAGAUUAAUAUUGAAAAUGACUUUACUUCAUAUAGUAAUGAGCAUAUUCACCCCAUUUAAAACCUACACAUAAUUUCAUUCUUUCAUUUUCAUGCAGCAUUUUUAUUUGUAUACUUUUUAUAAAACAUUUCUUUGCUUCUUCUGAAGAUUUCAAUGUACAUAUUCAUGGUUUAGAUGCAUUUUUGCAUAUUAGUGUAUUUUCUCAGUUGUGUUCCUUUUCCCAAUUGUUAAUAUUAUUUUAUUAUAAAAAUGGUAGCUACAUUAAAUGUGGAUAAAAGA